AUGGAUCGUCAAUCUGUAUUUUCUCUGAGUGUUUUACCUCCUGAGUAUGGCGACAAUGAAGAUACAAGAGGUCAAGUGCAAUCUCAACUAGAACAAUUUAUUCUUCAGUUCCGCAUUGACAAUGCCUUCAUCUACAGAGAUCAAAUCCGAGAAAAUGUUCUGUUAAAACAAUACUUUUGCGACGUUGAUGUUGGGCAUUUGAUAUCCUUUAAUGAAGAGCUUGCACACCGACUUGCGACAGAACCUGCAGAGAUUAUACCCCUUUUCGAAAGCGCACUGAAGAAAUGUACACAUCGAAUCGUAUACCCCUCGGAUAGAGAUAUUGUCCUUCCCGAGCAUCAACUCCUCCUUCACUCCACAGCUUCAGAGAUUUCAAUUCGAGACUUAGACGCCCUCGCCAUAUCCCGACUUGUACGAGUACCAGGUAUCGUUAUAGGAGCAUCAGUACUGUCCUCGAAAGCAACAGCACUAAAUAUACAAUGUCGGAAUUGUCGCUCUACAAAGAUAUUACCAGUGAAUGGCGGGUUUUCUGGUGUUUCAUUGCCCAGAAUAUGCGAUAGGCAAAAGAUGCCUGGAGAUCCACCUUGUCCCAUGGAUCCGUAUGUGGUUGUUCAUGAAUCUUCCCAAUUCGUUGAUCAACAAAUUAUUAAGCUUCAGGAAGCUCCAGAUCAGGUCCCUGUGGGAGAACUGCCACGACAUGUUCUUAUUUCCACCGAUAGAUAUUUGACAAAUAGAGUGGUACCUGGUACGAGAUGUAUGAUCACCGGCAUUUUUUCUAUUUAUCAAAACAAGAACACGAAAGGCUCUUCUACCACUUCGGCUGUUGCCAUUCGAACUCCAUACUUGAGGGCAGUUGGUAUACAUAGCGAUGUUGACCACACUGCAAAAGGAAAUGCAGUAUUCUCGGAAGAGGAAGAACAAGAAUUUCUCGAAAUGUCACGCAGACCUGACCUUUACAGUGUUUUUGCUUCCUGUAUUGCCCCAUCCAUUUACGGUAACAACGAUAUCAAAAAAGCGAUAGCAUGUCUCCUGUUAGGUGGAUCCAAAAAGAUUCUUCCUGAUGGUAUGAAACUCCGUGGUGAUAUCAACGUUCUUCUUCUCGGUGACCCUGGAACUGCCAAAUCUCAACUCUUAAAAUUCGUCGAAAAGGUCGCUCCAAUCGCCAUUUAUACUUCUGGAAAAGGUUCUUCAGCCGCUGGUCUUACCGCCUCCGUUCAACGUGAUCACUCAACCCGAGAAUUCUACCUCGAAGGAGGAGCUAUGGUCCUUGCAGAUGGAGGUGUAGUAUGUAUUGAUGAGUUCGAUAAAAUGCGUGACGAAGAUCGAGUCGCCAUUCACGAAGCUAUGGAACAACAAACUAUUUCGAUAGCUAAAGCGGGUAUCACUACAAUUCUCAAUGCACGAACUUCGGUCCUCGCUGCAGCCAAUCCUAUUUUUGGACGUUAUGAUGAUCUCAAAUCACCAGGCGAGAACAUCGAUUUCCAAACCACAAUUUUGUCGCGUUUCGAUAUGAUUUUCAUUGUCAAGGAUGAGCACGAGAGAGGCAAAGAUGAAAAAAUGGCAAGGCACGUUAUGAAUGUUCACAUGGGUGGUAGAGGAAGGGAAGAACAAGCCGAGUCUGAGAUUCCAGUUGAAAAGAUGAAGAGAUACAUCAGCUACUGUAAAUCUCGUUGCGCCCCACGUCUCUCCCCAGAAGCCUCGGAAAAGCUCUCUUCCCACUUCGUCUCCAUCCGCAAACAAGUCCACGCCACCGAAAUGACAACCAACGAACGCUCAUCCAUCCCCAUCACAGUCCGUCAACUCGAAGCCAUCAUCCGUAUCACCGAAUCCCUCGCCAAAAUCUCCCUAUCCCCCAUCGCGCACGAACACCACGUCGACGAAGCCAUCCGUCUCUUCCUCGCAUCCACCAUGGACGCCGUCCAACAAGGUGUCGCGCAACAAGGAAGUCGCGAGCUCCAAGACGAAGUCGCACGAUUGGAAGAAGAAUUAAAGAAGCGAUUGCCCGUCGGCUGGAGCACUUCUCUCGCAACCCUCAAGCGCGAAAUGUGCGAGGGCAGAGGCUUUAGCGAGAUGAGUCUAGAGAGGGCAUUGGUCGUGCUGCAGAGAAGAGAUACCAUUGCUAUUCGAGGACAGGGUAGUCAGGUUUAUAGGAGCGGCGCUUAG